CGUCCGCUGGAGAGGAACACCUGGCACAGGUGACAGGGUGGCGGAGAGAGGGAGUUCCCACUGGUUGAGUUCCUAAGCUUGGAGAUUUAAGAAAAUAGCAAGGAGGGGCCGCUCGGUGUCCUGGGGGACGUGCCCGGAACCCCACCCUCGGCUGGAGGAAAAGCUCCUGGGGACGAAGGGCCAGAGCUUCAGAACCGCUGGAAAAGCGCCUCCCGCCGCCUCCGCGUCCUGGCUGGUGACCAUCCCGCCCGCGUCCUGGCCAUGGCGGCCGCGCGACCCUGGAGCUCCCGGGCCGGGGCCCUCUGCGGACGGCUCCUGCUGACCGCGGCGAUCUUAAUGCUUGGGUGUGACGCCUGCAAGCAAGUAAUUCUACAUGUUCCCUCUGAACUGCAUGCUGAGAAAUUUGUUGGUAGAGUUAACCUGAAGGAGUGCUUCAAAUCUGCAAAUCUAAUUCAUUCCAGUGACCCUGAUUUCCAAAUCUUAGAAGAUGGUUCAGUCUACACAACAAAUACUGUUAUUUUGUCCUUGGCGAAGAGAACUUUUACCAUAUUACUUUUCAACACAGAGACCCAAGAAGGGAGGGAAAUAUCUGUCCUUUUAGAGGGUCCAACAGAGGUAAUAAAGCAAGGGUACAAUAAAGAAAAAGUUCUAAGUCGACCCAAGAGAAGAUGGGCUCCUAUUCCUUGUUCCAUGCAAGAGAAUUCCUUGGGUCCCUUCCCACUCUUCCUUCAACAGAUUCAAUCUGACACAGCACAAAACUACACAAUUUACUAUUCUAUCAGAGGGCCUGGAGUAGAUAAAGAACCUCUAAACUUGUUUUAUGUGGAAAGAGAUACUGGAAACCUGUUCUGCACUGGCCCAGUAGAUCGAGAGCAGUAUGAAUCUUUUGAGCUAACUGCCUUUGCAACAACCCCAGACGGGUACACACCCGAAUAUCCACUGCCCCUCCUUAUUAAAAUAGAAGAUGAAAAUGACAACUACCCAAUUUUCACAGAGACAACGUACAGUUUUACGGUCUUUGAAAACUGCAAAGUUGGUUCUUCCGUGGGGCAGGUAUGUGCAACCGACAAGGACGAACCCGACACGAUGCACACACGUCUGAGGUACACCAUCCUGGAGCAGUCCCCUUCUCCGCCCACUCUGUUCACUAUGCAUCCAGCUACAGGCAUCAUCACCACCACGUCUUCCCAGCUUGACAGAGAGUUAAUUGAGACAUAUGUGUUGAAAAUAAAGGUGCAAGACAUGGACGGUCAAUUUUUUGGUUUGCAGACAACUGCAACUUGUAUCAUUACUAUUGGAGAUGUGAAUGACAACUUGCCAACAUUUACUCGUACUUCGUACGUGACAUCUGUGGAAGAAAAUACAGUUGAUGUGGAAAUCUUACGGGUCACUGUUCAGGAUAAAGAUUUGGUUAAUACUCCUAAUUGGAGAGCUAAUUAUACCAUUCUAACGGGUAAUGAAAAUGGAAACUUUAAAAUUGUGACUGAUCCCCAAACCAAUGAAGGAGUUCUGUGUGUAGUUAAGCCACUGGAUUAUGAAGAAAGACAACAGGUGACUCUGCAAAUCGGUGUGGUGAAUGAAGCACCAUAUACCAGGGAGGUGACUUCCAGAUCAGCCAUGAGCACUGCCACAGUGACUGUCACUGUGAAAAAUCAGGACGAAGGGCCUGUGUGCAUACCUCCAGCACAAACGGUUCGAAUUAAAGAAAAUGCACCACUGGGAACAAGAAGCAAUGGGUACAAAGCCUAUGACCCAGAAACCAGAAGCAGCAGUGGCAUAAGGUAUAGGAAAUUAAAUGAUCCAAGAGGGUGGGUCACCGUUGAAGAAAAUUCAGGAUCAAUCACAAUUUUCCGAAACCUGGAUAGAGAGGCUGAGACCUUGAGAAAUGGUAUAUAUAAUAUUACAGUCCUUGCAUCAGAUUCAGCUGGGAGAAGUUGCACUGGCACCCUGGGUAUUAUACUGGAAGACGUCAAUGACAAUGGCCCAUUCAUAACCAGGCAGACAGUGGUGAUUUGCAAGACUACCAUGUCCUCUGCAGAGAUUGUUGCUGUAGACCCUGAUGAGCCUGUAAAUGGCCCGCCAUUUGAGUUUAGAGUGGAGAGUUCUGACCCAGAAGUGCGGAGAAUGUGGAGGCUGAGCAGAAUCAAUGAUACAGCAGCACGUCUUUACUAUCAGAACGACCCUUCAUUUGGAUCCUACAGAGUUCCUAUCCGAGUUACAGAUAGGCUUGGUCUGUCUACGCUCACCUCACUGAAUGUCAUCAUAUGUGACUGCAUUACGGAAAGUGACUGCACAACCCGCUCAGGAGAAAGGACAGGCAACGCAGAAGUAAGACUCGGACCAUGGGCAAUCCUUGCAAUACUCCUGGGCAUUGCUUUGCUAUUUUGUAUCCUAUUUACAUUAGUCUGUGGGGUUUCCAGGGCAACCAAACAACUGAAAGUGCUUCCUGAUGACUUAGCUCAGCAGAACCUAAUUGUGUCAAACACUGAAGCCCCAGGAGAUGACAAACUGUAUUCCACAAAUGGCUUUACCACCCACACUGUGGGCACGUCUGGUCAGGGAAUUGGUGCCACUUUGGGACAAGGAGUCAAAAACGGAGGCCAAGAGACCAUUGAAAUGGUAAAAGGAGGACAUCAGACCUUGGACACCUGCCAUGGGCCCGGCUAUCAUCACCACACCAUGGAUCCCUGCAGGGGAGGACAUGUGGAAACUGACAACUACAGAUUCACUUACUCCGAGUGGCACAAUUUCACUCAGCCCCGACUUGGUGAAAAGGUCCAUCUGUGUGAUCAGGAUGAUGUUCAUAAACACGCCCAAGACUAUGUCCUUCCAUUCAACUAUGAAGGGAGAGGCUCAGUGGCUGGCUCUGUGGGUUGCUGCAGUGAUCGGCCAGAAGAAGAUGGACUUGAAUUUUUGGAUCACUUGGAGCCCAAAUUUAGGACAUUAGCAGAAGUGUGUGCAAAGAGAUGAACACAUUCCAAUAAGUCAGUGGAAACCAGUGGAUUUGUUCCCUUUUCCUCUUCUCUCUUUAGUUAUAAUCCAGGAUUUAAAAAAGAAAUAUAGAAGACGUCAGGUUCUGAACAGUUUUCUCUUCCAUUUGCAGAAUCUCUUUGGCUAACUGAACAUUUACAGAGGAAUUCUGUAAACAAGUACACACUUCGUGAUUUCUGCAUAGGCUUUAGUUAUUUGUCUUUUACCUAAAUAGAUCUACAGAUAGAAAUAGAUGGAAAAUUUAAGUAAACUUGCAUUAUUGUUUACAUUUGUACAUUGACAACAGCCAACUUAUAAAGUAAUAAAAUUUAAUUAAUUCAAGUGCAUUCAGGCUACUUGAAGUAUAGCCUGAUGGAGUACUACUGAGCACGUUGUCUCUGGUUCACUGUUUGUUUGUGUGGUGCUGGAAACUUGUUUUCCCAAAUGUUUUAAACUGUGUAUUAUAACAUCUUGCUCUCAGUUUAUUCUUGUUGCAUGACCUUUCUUCAUGUUUCAGAGGAAGAUUUGUAAACAGGUCUUGACUGUUACUGGAAUUCAAACUUUUUACAUUUUACUCUAUGUUGAAUUCUGCACUAAAUCACAUUUUUUUCUCUGUGCCUACUUUGUCAGUGAAAUUUUAGUUUCCAAACUGCUUUCUGAAUGUAUUUUUUACUCUCAUAAGUUGUCUUUGAAAUGCCAGAUAGUUAACCACCAUCCCCUCUUUUUUCUUUCUGGAAUAUGUCUACUCAGAUUGAAGAAUUCAGUAUUCUUAAAAGUUGUCUUUCUUUCCUCCUUUUAUAAAGUUAAUUAUUCUUCCUUUGUGUUAUGUAAGCACAUGUUUUUCUGUUGUUCUUGACAUCAGCGCAACAUUAACUGUAUUGCUGUGGGUGUCUUGGUGGUUACUUCCAUCUGUCCUCAGCAGAGAAUAUUAAUUUUGCCUUUGAGAACCAUUUCUUGAAUUUAUUAGAAGCAACAUUCCAAGUUACAAAAAAGAAAUGGUAUGUUAGAAUUGGGAUUUGGAUAUUUAGUGUGGAAGAGCUCUUUUAUAGUUCCAAUCUUUAAUUCAAGAACACCAUUUGUCAGUGAAAGUAGUGAUGGUGUUUGAAAUGAGCUUGUCAACAUCUGGAUCUUGAAACCUCUCUAGGGUAAGAUUUUAUCUUAUCUAGGAUAAAAUUUUAGAUGAGAUGGCUAGUCACAUUUUUGUGCUUGUAAAUUAGUUUAAAAACACAUUGUGAUUACACUUUUUAGCAAAUACAGAAAUUGGCCAAACUUUUGUGAUUUAAACAAAAGUAAAAUUAAUAGCAAAUCAAAUUCCAGGCCAGACUUUACAGCCUAUUUCACAGUCAGUGAAUUAUUCAUGUGUGCUAGCCAUGUGGACAUUCUUGACACAUUUCUUAGGUUGAAAUUGUUGAGUAUGUCUGUCUCAAAUUCACAAGGUCAACUUAUGACAAUUAUUUUUUUUCAGAACUAGCCAUGGGUAAGUUUUUGAUAACCAGACAUCCUUUCAAUAUUGUUACUGCUCAGCCAAAAAUGUAAUUCCUCAGAGUUGUUGUUAAUAAAUUGUAUACAGAAUUAUUUGUGUGCUACUAGUGGUGAUAAAGUAAAUUAAAUGGCUUUCAUUGUGUGUGUUA